CGGACCAACCAACACACACAAACGCCCAAGAAAUAACACGCCACGCUUCCCCCCUCGCUUCCUCCUCCUUCCCCAUAGACAACAUCUCCACAUGUCCAUACAUCCAGAGCUAGCUGACGCAGUCUAAUAUUUUUGGCGCCAUUAAUCAAUCAUCAGUCAACCAGCCCCGAGCUCUCUCUCUCGCUCGCUCGAGCUCACGCUCACGGCGACGACCACGACCACGUCCAGGUCCAGGUCAGAGCCGCUAUUUAUAGGAAGGAGGAGGGCCGGCCAUGUCUUCCUCCUCUCCCCCCAAUAGCGACGACAGCGGCAAGAAGCACCCGCUGGACGCCAUGGGCGCCUUCUUCUCGGCGCAGGUGAACCGCCGCAAGCUGGUCACCACGCAGAAGCUGGCCAUGUCCGAGCGCUGCACCUCCUGCGGCGACGACUUCCCCGGCUGCGCCCACCGCCCCGCCGACCGCAAGGCGUGGAUGGCGGAGCUGGGGCCCGACCGCCUGCGCCUGCACCAGGUGGUGUGGCCGGGCACCCACGACUCGGCCACCAACAAGAUCGGCAUCCCCUUCAUCACCCGCCCCUUCGCGCAGUGCCAGUCGCUCUCCGUCUACCACCAGCUCGCCCUCGGCUGCCGCCUCCUCGACGUCCGCGUGCAGGAGGAGCGCCGCGUCUGCCACGGCGUGCUCGCCACCUACUCCGUCGACGUCGUGCUCGACGACGUCCUCCGAUUCCUGUCCGAGACCGUGUCGGAGGUCCUGGUCCUCGAGAUCCGCACCGAGUUCGGCCGCGAGGACCCGCCGGACUUCGCCAAGUACCUGGUGGAGCGGCUCGGGGAGCACCUGAUCCCGCAGGACGAGGCGGUGUUUCACAAGACGGUCGCGGAGCUGCUCCCGCGGCGGGUGAUCUGCGUGUGGAAGCCGCGCAAGUCGCCGGCGCCCGGGCGCGGCGAGCCGCUGUGGAGCGCCGGGUACCUCAGGGACAACUGGAUCGACACGGACCUGCCGGAGACCAAGUACGAGAGCAACCUCAAGUUCCUGGGCCAGCAGCCGCCGGCGAAGGACCGGCGGUACCUGUACCGGGUGGAGAACACGGUGACGCCGCAGGCCGACAACCCGGUGGUGUGCGUGCGGCCCGUCACCAACCGCAUCCGCGGCUACGCGCGCAGCUUCAUCGCCGAGGCCUUCGCCAAGGGCCUCGGCGACCGCCUGCAGGUCUUCUCCACCGACUUCAUCGACGGCGACUUCGUCGACGCCUGCGCCGGCGUCACCAAGGCCCGCGUCGACGGCGCCGCGUGAGAUCAACGGCGUGCAUGGCCUUGUGUAGUAAUUAGAGGUGUGGCCGCACGCGAUUAGAGGGCUUCGUUCGUUCGUUCGUCGUUCGGGUUGUCUUUCCUUCUUUUCGUGGUGUGCAAAGCAGAGCAGAAAGCAGAGGAGCCGAAGCAGUGAAGCAGAGUGUGUGUGUGCGCGCGUCCGGGUGGGCAUUCUUUGCAGGUAAAAUUUGGGGUUAAUGGUGUUGAUGUUCAUGUGUGAUGUUUUGUAGUGGAUUGGGGGUCUGUAAAUACGGCGAUGGAUUGCAUGUGCAAAGGAAUAAGCAAAACUG